UCGUUUCCAGUCCUGUAUUAUAGUCCGUGACCCAAACACACACUAUCACAAAUCUACCUAGAAAAUGUGUGCGUUGUCCUGCGGUUUGCGUUCAAAAACCUACAGUAAAUACAAGUUUUAUUAUUGUUAACAAUUGAGAUUUCUUUCUAGUUUAUUUAGAUUUUGCGACAUAGGAACAAUUUUUUUUCAGCAUUGUUGCCACGGGUUCGAUUCAUAGAAUCAUAGGUUUUUUAUCAUAAUAACUGGUCGUGUUUCCUUAAUUCGUUUUAAUUUGCGUUACAAUUAAGUAUUUUCUUGCCUGUUAAUCGAUUAUUAUAAGUUUAUAGUCGCAGCCCUGGACAACAGUUUACGGUUCUACAUUGUUUUGGAAGAUGUAUAAUAUGUUGAAAAUUAAACUUGAAAAUGAUGAAACAGAACAACACUCCUCUGAAGUCAUUGCACCUAAACCGUUAGAUGCGCAGUUCAAAAACAAUGAAAUUUCUACAAUAGAGGACUAUUUGGUAAAGAAUGAAGUCGACAAUACUUAUGAUAUUCAUUUUCCGUGUAAAGCGACAGAUACCUCAAAUAGUACAAAGAAAAUCAAUUCCGAGGAAAAUAUAUACAAAAUACGUCGGUUCGACUGCAAUAUAUGUCAAAUGAGGUUUACAAACAAAAGUAACAUAAUCCGGCAUAUUGCAAAAUCGCAUUCCAGUACAUCCGUGGAAAAGAAAGCACCUCAAAAAAAUAAAAUCCCGCAUCGAAACAACAGAGUCAGAGAGUAUACUCGAAAUAAAGACGGCCCAUUUAAUUGUGGUAUUUGUUUAAAAAAGUUUUCAUCAAAAUCAAACCUCAGAAUACAUUGGCGCAUUCAUACGGACAUAAAGCCGUUUAAAUGCGAUGUCUGUGAAAAAACAUUUGGUGUUCAGUCUCAUCUCAACAUCAUGUACGUGUACAUACCGGCGAAAAGCCCUUUAAAUGCAAUGUCUGUGAAAAAACAUUCAGUCAACCGUCACCCUCAAACUCAUGAAAAGACACACCGGCUACACUCUGUCCUCAAAACUCAUGAACGCACACAUACCGGAGAGAAACCUUUUAGAUGCAAUGUCUGUGAAAAAACAUUCAGCCAACAAGUUAAUCUCAAAAAACAUGAAAGAAUACAUACCGGCGAGAAACCCUUUAGAUGCGAUGUCUGUGAAAAAACAUUCAGCCAACAAAGUGAUCUCAAAAAACAUGAAAGAAUACAUACCGGCGAGAAACCCUUUCAAUGCGAUGUCUGUGAAAAAACAUUCAGCCAACAAAGUGAUCUCAAAAAACAUGAAAGAAUACAUACCGGCGAGAAACCCUUUCAAUGCCGCGUAUGUGACAUAUCUUUUUGUUUCCAAUCUAGCCUAAAAAGUCAUCAAAGGAUACAUACCGGAGAAAAACCUUUUAAAUGUGAUAUCUGUGAAAAAACAUUUGGUAGACAACAUCACCUCAAAAUCCAUGAACGCAUACAUACCGGAGAGAAACCUUUUAAAUGCAAUGUCUGUGAAAAAACAUUUGGUGUUCAGUCUUCCCUCAAAACUCAUGAAAGAAUACAUACCGGAGAGAAACCCUUUAGAUGCGAUGUCUGUGAAAAAAACUUUAGUCAACAAAGUGAUCUUAAGAAACAUUCACGUAUACAUACCGGAGAAAAACCCUUCAGAUGCGAUAUCUGUGAAAAAACAUUUGGUAGACAACAUCACCUCAAAAUCCAUGAACUCAUGCAUACCGGAGAGAAACCUUUUAAAUGUGAUAUCUGUGAAAAAACAUUUGGUAGAAAACAUCACCUCAAAAACCAUGAACGCAUACAUACCUGAGAGAAAUCUUUUAGACUCAAUGUCUGUGACAUGUCUUUUUGUGACCAAUCUAACCUGAAAACUCAUAAAUGCACAUGCUUAUAUAUGGUCGCCAAAGGUUUCUCAAUAGCCAUAAAGCAAAAGCACUAGACGCCUCAUCAUAUUCCUCUCGUGAAUAUUUGACAGUUUUAAAAUAGUUUUACUAACAAUUUUGUAUUAUUGUGAUUUUUUUGACAUUUUCAUGUCUUAGCUCUGGCACAUAACCGAAAAAAGCGUGUAUUAUUCUUGUUUAGUAAGAUUUUAUUUUAACUUUUCCCGUCAGUUUUGUCGAUUUUACUAUGUAUUUUUAAUUUUUAAAAAAUAUUCCAUUGUGCAGUAAUUAAUGUAAUACCUAGUAAUACUGCUUGUAAUAUUCUUUCGUGAUUUUUGUACGGUCACAGUUUUGUAUACAUUCGAUCUAUCGAUUUAUUAACCUACUGUAUAUAAGUUAAUUAAACUUUUAAACAUUUUAAAUUAAAUAUCACUAAA